AUGAUUUCUUUCUGGUGUCUUCUUUUAUGGAUCACAACAACUUUAGCUUUCUCCAACAAUGGUUCAAGCGUUCAAUCCAAUUCUACCGUGAAUAUAACUUCGUUCUCGAAUGUAUCGUCACCUUUCGGCUACACCAAUGGUAAUACGUCCAACUCUUUCCAUUAUAGAGGUGUGGCACUCGGUGGUUGGUUGCUUCUAGAGCCAUGGAUCACACCCCUGUUGUUCAAUGCUACAAUCCCUGCCUCCGGCAAUACUUCUGAGAUGGCCGUGGAUGAAUACACUUUCUGUCAAGUUUUGGGCAAAGACGAGGCACUCAAGCGCUUGCACAAUCACUGGACCACGUUUUACAAUGAAUCAGACAUCCAAGAUAUUAAAAAUUAUGGAUUUAACAUGGUUCGGGUUCCAAUUGGCUACUGGGCAUUUGAAAUGCUACCUGAUGAUCCAUAUGUUCCUGGCGCCAGAGAGUAUCUUGACAAGGUGAUUAACUGGCUGCACAAAUACGAUUUGAAGGUGUGGAUUGAUGUACAUGGAGUCCCUGGUUCUCAAAAUGGGUUCGAUAACUCUGGCCGCUUUUUAAAUAACACACCAGGAUGGCAGAACAGUACUGAAAAUAUUGACCUUAGUCAUAGAGUGCUACGUAAAAUCUACACUAGAUACGGCAGUAGCGAGUUCUACAGCCAGUAUGGGGACACAAUUCUCGGUAUUGAGGUUGUCAAUGAGCCCAUGGGUCCCAAACUUAACAUGACUCAGGUGGCAGAUUUCUACGAGAAGUCGUACAAAGAUGCCCGUGUGUACUCGGACACCAACAACACCAUUGUCUUUCAUGAUGCAUUCCAACCAGCUGGCUAUUGGGAUCCAUUCCUUAACUCAACUGGGUCUGAACCAGGCCGCUUGAAAAACUAUAACAUUCUUAUAGACCACCACCAUUAUGAGGUGUUUUCUGCGGGAGAGCUUAAUUCGACCAUUUCAACACACUUGAAUAAUAUUCGCAAUUAUGCCAUGGGCAUCCAGAGAGAGGAACAAUCACAUCCUGCUGUUGUUGGAGAAUGGAGCGCUGCUUUGACCGACUGCACCCCUUGGCUCAAUUCUGUCCACUUCGGUACUCGUUGGGAGGGCACGUUCCCCUACACAAAUAAACCUAUCAACAAUAAGUACCUUGGCAAAUGUGCAAAUAUCAACAAUUGGGAUACAUGGUCCAAGCAACAUAAACGUUUCACUCGCAAAUACAUCGAAAUGCAACUCGAUCAAUACGAGAGCAAGAUGAACGGCUGGAUCUUCUGGACAUACAAGACCGAGAACUCCAUAGAAUGGGACUUCAAGAAAUUGGCCAAAUAUGAACUCUUUCCUCAGCCAUUUUCAAAAAGACAAUAUAUCGUCGAUGGUGUGGACACAAAACCCGAAACUGGUGCCUCAGCGAGGUUAACGCCCAAAGACUCUGUUACAGUCUUGAUGGUUAUGCUAUUAGCAGUAUUUUUAUUUUAG